CUCCUCCCUAGCGGUGCCUGAGGCCGAGGCUCGGACCCGCCCCUUCGUUGCUUCCCCGCCUCUGCAGCGUGACUGAGCCGGCAGGCUGGUGCUCCUGCUUUCUCUCCGCCUUCCUUUUCAGCCGGGAUCCACCGCCACCUUAAAACUGCCCGCUAUUGAGUGCGCGUCGAAGGUCAUUCAAUGGAAUCCCUGGACAAAACAAUCAAUAGCUAUCUGGAUGUUUGGCUUGGACCAAGAGAUCCCAGAGUAAAAGGAUGGCUUCUCCUGACUAACUACACACCUACCUUCAUCUUCUCUGUCUUGUACUUAUUAAUCGUAUGGUUAGGACCAAAGUAUAUGCAGAAAAGACCACCAUUCUCAUGCAGGGGUAUUCUAGUGGUCUAUAACCUUGGACUUACACUGCUGUCCCUCUAUAUGUUUUAUGAGCUGGUGACUGGAGUAUGGGAAGGAGGAUACAAUUUCUUCUGUCAGGAUACGCACAGCGGAGGUGAAGCUGAUAUGAAGAUCAUACGUGUCCUCUGGUGGUAUUAUUUCUCAAAGCUCAUUGAAUUCAUGGAUACAUUCUUCUUUAUAUUACGGAAGAAUAACCACCAGAUCACUGUUCUUCAUGUCUACCACCAUGCCACUAUGUUGAACAUCUGGUGGUUUGUUAUGAACUGGGUGCCUUGUGGCCAUUCCUAUUUUGGUGCCACUCUUAACAGCUUUAUUCAUGUCCUCAUGUAUUCCUACUAUGGAUUAUCUGCUAUUCCAUCCAUGCGCCCAUAUCUUUGGUGGAAGAAGUACAUCACUCAGGGACAGCUGAUUCAGUUCGUCCUUACAAUCUUCCAGACAAGCUGUGGUGUUGUUUGGCCAUGUCCCUUUCCUCUGGGAUGGUUAUACUUCCAGAUAGGCUACAUGAUUACUUUAAUCAUUCUUUUCACAAAUUUCUAUAUUCAGACUUACAACAAAAAGGCAGCCUGCAGAAGGAAAGAAUAUCAGAAUGGCUCCACGGCUGCUGUGAACGGGUACACAAAUAGCUUUUCUUCUCUUGAGAACAAUGUGAAGCAAAGAAAACAAAGGAAGGAUUGAAGACCAAACUAAGAAACCAUUUUGAUAUUCCAGGCAACAAAAAUCAUCUGAUUGUAAGCACAAUAUGUGUUGUGCACUGAUAACUCUUGACAGCUACUGUAACUAUUCCUGCCUAGAAUAGUAUUGAUUUAUGUAGGACUUAACCAGUGCAAAACAUCCUAGAAACUAUCCAUAGGCUAAAGUUGAUGAUGUUGAUAAUACUGGGUGGUCACAGACCCAAGUUUAAACUGUGGAAGGGAGUAUUAUUGUAGAAUAUUACAUAUAUAUAUAUAUGUGUGUGUGUAUAUCUAUGUGCAUAUAUAUAUAUAUAUAGCAUAUCAAUGACACUGCUGUUGCCUUACUAGUCAAUAUGAUAGGUGCUGAAUUAUGAUUCACAAAUUCAAGACUGUAAUCCAAACUCAUAUUUUUUAACUGUAGAUAAUGCAUGUGAUUGUAACUUGUACGAUGAUGUUUAGUUUUUUAUUUUAUUUUAUUUUAGUUGUUUAAAACACACAUGCCUUAAAUUAAAAUAAAAGCAGGGCCCAAUACGUAAUACCGGUUUGAAAAUUUAUGGAAAUGUUUCACUCGGGGAAAAACUUGUCACAAGACACCUUCUACUUUGGCAUAGAAAUCCAAAUACAAAACCAAACUGUCCAAUAUGUGAAAAGAUCACAUGUGUAUAAAUUUGUGGAUUUCCUCUUCAAAAUAUGGUUGAGCAGCCACGCUAAGACAAAGCACUCACAAAUCCUUUGUGUGCACCACUGAUCGCUGAGCAUGUGUGUGCAUGCAUAUGUGCGUGUACCCAGCAUUGGGGGUAAAAAGUGGCUUGUUCGGAAGCCCCUCAUCAUUCUUUGAUUCCUUCCAUGAGGUAGCCAGAUGCCAUGUGCACGUCCCCCCUUAGAAGUCUGCUGUGCGCCUAAUCUCAACGCUUCUGCAUACGAUGUGCUCGAAGUGAAAGGGACACUGGAAAAACAUGGCCAUUUAUUUCUUGACAUUAGUUGUGGAGGAGAAGAUUGUGUUUGAUAUCUUUUUAGAUUCAUUUGCUCAGGUCCACAGCAGGCUCCCCCCCGCCCCCCGACUCAUUUUUAGUUUGCAUAGAUAAGGGACAGUUAAUUGGCACUGAAGCAGGGUCUGGAAAUGGGUGCUGACUGUCUAACCUUUGAGAAUGUAUGGGGUGUCCGGGACAUCCAACACCCUUUUAAAUUGGCACCCAUAGGUUGCAGCCUGAGAAUGCUGUCUUUUGUAAAGCUCUCACUGAGGUGUGAAAUGAACCAGCUGGAGCUUCUCUUGCCUGUUCAUUUUGGCUCCCCUCUUGAUGAAGGAACUGGGUGAAAACCACACCUGGCUCUUCUCCACUUCACUGGUAGUUUUAAAUUCACAGAGCCAAAUCUUCAGGUUGAACCCUGGCAAGCCAACUUCAAUGUAUCUGUGACAUAACUACAAGGCAGUUUGCUGGAAAUUGCACUAGUUGUGAUGCAUCCACAUUCUCAAAACUGACCAAACUUCACAAAGUGGAAUUCAGGGUAAUUCUGGUAUUUUACUUUUUAUACUUAAGUUGUAAUUUUGUUGUUGUUGCUAUUUGUAUAACAUAAAUUGGGUUGGAGCUUAAAAACCACAAGUGGAAUUCUACUGGCAGAACAGAGCUUCCCCUUCCCACUGCAGCAUUCUGAACCCUGGGAAACAGCAUGUGGUUACAGUAUCCUUGGGAAUGAACAAUGUGGGAUGUAGCCCUUAUGACAGUAAGGGGAAAUUAAAAAAUUGGAGACCUGUCCGAGGCAAACAGAAAUACCUUCCACUCGCACAAGGAGCCCUUGGAUUCCACCCAGUGAGUCUAAAAUGUGCCUAUAGAAAAGGGGUUUUGUUCGUUUGCUUGUUUGGUCAAAUGUGCAAACUGGACUGUGCCAGAUUUUCAAUGUUAUGUGAAAAAAACCCUUUGAAAUAUGUUGGCUGUGAGUGUCUGUUUCCAUGUUUAUUUCACCUGUGUUUUCUUGACGUGUGAAAGGACAUUUAGAAAUGCUAGAAGAAAUCACUGUUCACUGUAAAAGCCCUCCCUGCACUUGCGGUGUCCGUUGUAAAGCCGGCAUCUGUAACAGAUAUGCUAUGUAAUACGGUGGAGUUUUAGCCUAUUAACAUGCAGUUCCUUGUACUUUAUUUGUGUCAAGCCAUAUUAUUCCUCAUAUCCCCCCCAUAAUUUGUUUAUUAAUUAUGAUUUGAUAUUUAUGUAAAUAUCAGUUUUACCAUGUUUUUGCACAGAUGAUAUUGGAAAACUAAUUAGUUCUCCCUAUUACCAUUGUGGAUUUUUCUUUUUCUUUUUUCAGUUGUUUUGCUUCUUUUUGAAAGCAAAGAGAGCAGCAGUCUGUGUGUGCUCAUAUAUUUUUUAAUGCCCUUAAAAGUUUGUAUGUGUGUGUCUCGGUUUCUAGGUACUGAUUUGCAGAGUCUAUACAUAUUUCAUACAGCAGCUUCACCAUUCAAAAUAUGCUGUCUAAAUGUGUGUGCUAAAAAUAAAAAACCUAGCUUGUCUGAAAUAUCUGCAUUGUUAAUGUUUUGUGUUUUAAUCAUUAAAUCAUUCUUGAUUA